AUGGGUCUCUCAAGUCUCCCAGCACCAUCUGAAGGAGUGUUAUGUGUGCUUCUUGUGAACACUGUGAUGUCCAUUUCCAUAUUCAAAGGCAUUGUCAGAACAAUUCUACACAUUGUUGGUAUCCAUCUUUCUUCACCAGAUGCCUCCCAAAACCCACCUGAAUCAUUUGAAGUCCAUCUCAGCCCCUCUGAGAGUUACAUUGAAGAGUUCAGAAGCAGGACUCCAACACUUAGAUUUGACAGUGUUUGUUGCAGUAAGCAACAUGAACAUGAUGACUGUUCUGUUUGUCUUGCUCAGUUUGAACCAGAUUCAGAGAUUAACCGUUUGUCCUGUGGCCAUCUCUUCCAUAAAGUUUGCUUGGAGAAGUGGUUGGACUACUGGAACAUUACAUGCCCUCUUUGCAGGACUCCAUUAAUGCCUGAAGAUGACAACACUCCUUGCUUCUAG